AUGGAGGAAAAGAAGAGACAUCUUUCUCUUCCUGCCAACUACGUCACUCUCGCUCAGCUGCAACAAUCCUGGCUCCAACAACAAAAGCAAAAGCAACAGCAACAACAACCACCACCACAUGAACAGCAACACGAAGACAAAAAUGGACUUGAACAGGGAGAUUCGCACCAAAGGCAUGCAACAGUUUCUAGGUCUUUCGCUAGGAAACAGAAUCCAGAUAACCGUAAUCAACAGAAAAAUCGUGAUGAUCCAGAAGACAUAGACAGAGACAGAGACGGAGACGUCAAUCUAGAAGGAAAAGGUAGCAUGCAAUGGAAGGAGAGAGUGAAAUCGAAGUCGAAACAAGCUAGGGUUGAUGAAAGAGGAACAAAAUUCGAAGAGAAUGAAGAGAAGGAAAAAGAGGAAGUGAAACAGGGAUCGCGCCAGGAAUAUUUUUACCAGCAACACCGUCGUGGAGCCGCUGUUAGGGUUUUCGCCAGAAAACAAAGUCACUUCAAUCGGGAGAAUCGCUGGAAAGUUCGCGGCUACUCGGGAACUAAUGCUGAGAAACAACGCAAUGAAGCUGAUACAGGAAUCGGAGGCACCGACGUGGAAAGUAAAGACAACGAUGAACGGAAGAACAACGAGGAAGCGAAGCCAAAACCUAAUGUUUAUGAAAGUGGAAUCAAAACCGAAGAGAAGGAGAAAGAGAAACAGGACGAGGAAGUGAAACAAGAGCAACGCCGUGGAACCUCUUCUAGGUCUUUCGCAGGAAAACACGAUAGCAAUGGUCGCUUCAAUCGCGUGAAAAUUCGUCCCGAUUUUGGAACCAAUGCUGAGAAACAAUGCCAUGACACAGGAAUAGGAGACGGAGAAUCGAAGAUGAAUGCCACAAAGCCAAGAUCUCUGGUUGUGGAAAGGAAAACAGAAAUGGGAGGAGAGAAUGGAAAGAAACAGAGGGAGGAAGUGAGUAAUGCUGAAAAGGAGAAAGCCAAAAUCAUCGAAAGUCAAUCCAAUGAAGAUAAGAGUGGUGGUGGUGGUGGUUUGCGGAUGGAAGAGGUUGAGCAGAGAUUUAGGGGUUUAAGGUUUAGAAGAACGGGUGAUGGUCUCAAUUACGGUUAUAGUAACAGAAACGGUUACAGAAGCGAUUAUGGUAAUGACAAUGGCUAUGACAACAGGGAUUUUGGAAGGGGCAAAAGAGGUGAGAAGAUGGUUUGGAUUAGGAAAGUUGACAAUAUUAAUGAAACUGAAAACUAG